AUGGCAGCGGCUACCAGCGUUGUCGUGCUCGACAGGGGCAACAAUACCACCUGCACGAUUAAUUUACACGGAGCUACCGUGGUAUCCUGGAGAGUAAAUAACCAAGAACAGCUGUUUGUCAGCAAGCAAGCUGUAUUCGAUGGAAAGAAAGCUAUUAGAGGAGGCAUUCCAUUUGUUUUUCCACAAUUUGGAGCAUGGACAUUCGGACCACCUCAUGGUUUUGCCAGAAUUGUUCGUUGGAAUGUAGAAAAGUCCCCCGAACGAUUGUCUAGCGGCGACGUCGAAGCAAUCUUCUCUAUUAUGGACAGCGAGUUUACUCGAUCAAUGUGGAAUUACCCAUUUAAAUUAACGUACAGACUAAUUCUUCGCGAGAAGGAAUUACAUUUUAACAUUGGUGUAUACAAUCCUAGUAAAGAUCAUACGUUUAGUUUUAAUUUGUUACUGCACACCUACUUUAAAGUGCCAGAUGUCAGGAGAUGCCAAAUUACUGGCCUUCAUGGAUGCACCUUUAUCGACAAGACAAGAGACAACCAAAUUUUUCAAGAGGGUCGCGACGUAGUGACUGUUUGCGAAUGGACAGACAGAAUUUAUCAGAAUACGCAACCGGAACACAUCAUUACCAAUGUCGUGUCCGGUAGGAAAAUGCGAGUACAAAAGUACAAUUUUCCUGACACAGUGGUUUGGAAUCCAUGGCAGGAGAAGGCUCGCGAUAUACCAGAUUUUGGGGACGACGAAUUUCCGAACAUGAUAUGCGUGGAAAGUGGACAUGUUAGCAGCCCUGUCAUAUUACUUCCUGGAACAGCUUUCGAAGCAAGUCAAAUCUUACAGGUAAUGUGAGUAGAGGGUGGACCAACGUCGCACGUAACAGCCGGAAAUAAUACGAAUUCGUUACUUCCGGUUUCUU